AUGGCGAUAAAGCAGGUUCGAGUUGUUCGGCUCGCGCAUGUGGUGUACCAGCAUCCGGAUCUGGAACGAGCAUUGUCCUUUCUCCUUGAUUUCGGCUUUGUGGAAGAGCAUCGUACGCCGGAACGAAUCUACCUCCGCGGGUAUGGUAUUCAACCAUACAUAUACGUUGCGGAGGAAUCGCCAGAUGCGAAGCGACAUUUCAAGGGGGCAUACUGGGUUGUUGAUACUCUAGCAGAUUUGGAAGCAGCUGCGGCUCACCCCAGUGCUUCUGCGGUGAAAGAUAGCGACGCACCAGGCGGUGGAAAGGUUGUCACUGUUGAGGAUCCCAACGGCUUUCCUGUCGGCUUUGUCUUUGGCCAGAAGCUCAGAGAGAGUGACGGGCCUGCGCCACCUUUGGAGAAGACCGAUCCCAUUCCUAAUUUUGCACUUGAGAAGCCCAGAAAAGGGACAUUUCGACGCUUCAAGACUGGGCCAUCCGCCGUUCACAAGCUCGGCCAUUAUGGGUUUAUCGUCCCCGCCAGCAAAUUCGAUAGCACGCUUUCCUUCUACCAAAGUCUAAUCAAUAUCAAACCCACGGACGCGGUGUUCAAUCCCGGCACUGGAAAAGACGAGACAUGUUUCUGUCACAUAGACCUCGGGCCGGAGUAUACAGACCACCACAGCUUCUUCUUGGCCGCGGCCCCAGAAGGACGACCACCAGUCGUCCAUCACUCGAGCUACGAAGUUAAUGACUUCGACACGCAGACGCUCGGCCAUGACUGGCUCCGAUCCAAAGGAUGGACCAACUGCUGGGGGAUUGGCCGACACGUCCUCGGAAGUCAGAUCUUUGACUACUGGUUCGACGGUUCAGGGAAUAUCGUGGAGCAUUAUUCCGACAGUGAUUUGGUCAACGAAGACACACCGUUUGGCCGAGAGCCCGCCGCACCGGAUUCUCUACAUGUCUGGGGUCCGAAUAUCCCUUUGGCAUUCUUGUCUGGGAAGAUCGAAGACGCAGGCAGGGAGCUGCCGGUGCCCCCAGACGCACUGGAGGCGACGCCAGCCCAGUAUGAUUUGCCGGCAGUAGCUGUUUGA